UUACACUUACCAGGCACGCACUUGGCAUUUCCGUCGGAGCAGUCAAUUAAGGCAGCUGAGAUUCUGAACUUCCUUAUGAGGGUGGUCGCUCCAAUAUGGAUCAGGCACAAGCCGCGUCCUUGCAUAGUCGUACGAUUAACGACGUCACGUCGGAGGAUUGUGUAUGAGCUGUACUGA